AAGUUGGGGGAGAAACAAGAUGGUGUUCAAUUGUUUGUGAAUGUUCAAAGGCAAUGGCGAGCUUAAUUAAUUCCACUACAACCCUAAUAAAUGACGCCUACGACUAUUACCUUUGGACACUAUCCCUCGCUGAUGAACGAACGAGAGGAUGGCUUCUGGUCGAUUCGCCAAAACCUACUUUGAUAUACACGAUGUUGUAUUUACUCAUUGUAUGGGCCGGGCCAAAGAUCAUGCGAAAUCGAAAAGCCUUCAAGUUAACGUGGGCACUCGUUCCGUACAACCUCACGAUGGCCUGUCUCAACGCGUACAUUGCGAUUCAGUUGUUCGUAGCUUCCACCAGGUUACAUUACAGCUACGUUUGUCAACCAAUAAGGCACGUAACUCGUCCAGAUGAAUUACAGAUCGCCCACGCUGUCUGGUGGUACUACUUCAGCAAACUUCUGGAGUUCUGUGAUACGUUCUUUUUUAUCCUGCGGAAAAAGGAUAAUCAAUUAAGCUUCCUCCAUGUUUACCAUCACUCCACUAUGUUUUCGCUGUGGUGGAUUGGCAUCAAAUGGGUCCCAAGUGGAUCUACUUUCCUGCCAGCAAUGGUAAACAGCUUCAUCCACGUCCUCAUGUAUUCGUACUAUGGUUUGGCGGCAUUGGGACCCUCCGUAGCUAAAUACCUCUGGUGGAAGAAAUACCUGACAAUCCUUCAACUGAUACAAUUCACCACUGCCUUGAUUCUCGGCAUCAAUGGCAUUCGUUCGGGAUGCGAUUUCCCUUUAUGGAUGCAAUAUGCUCUCGUCAUUUAUAUGGUCUCUUUCAUCGUCCUAUUCGGAAACUUCUACGCCAAAGCGUAUAUUGCAAAGGGCAAACAAGCGUACGCAGAGAGACAAUUAGAAAAAAUGAAAGCCAGUAGCCAAUCAAAGAAGGAAAUUACCGACGGAGUUGUGUGCAAUGGAAACCUUAUGAAUGGACACACCAAUGGAUACGCGAACGGUGUAUCCAAAAAGACUCAGUGAAAAGUACUCUAUUAAGUUCUUCAUUAAGAUAUUAACGUCGCUUAAGUUACAAACUAUACACGGUUACGAAAGGGAAGUGAACGAAAAAUUCUUCGAUAUCUCGUUCGAUCGGUAACGAUGAACCGGAAUCAAAGCACAUUCGAUUGGAACUUUUUAGUUCUUACAAUUAUCGCUUCGUU